GCAUUUUGGGGUAAAUUUCCACCAGUUUUACACUCCUCUUCUCUUUCACCCUUUUGAUUUUUUCCAAAUCCCAACAACUCAAACAAAGGUCUAGAAAGGCAGCUUUUUUGAGUUGUAUAAAUUGAGUAGUGAUAGCUUUAAGACAAUUAACAUCCAACUUCAUAGAGAAAAUGGCAAGCAGUCUCCUUCAUGUGCUUGUGAUCUUGCUAGGGUUUUCUCAACUUAUCUUCUUGAAUGCCAUCCCAGCUACAAGAAUUGGAAGUCUAAAGCUUGGACCUCAACUUCAUCAAAUUGCAGGAAGUAACAAACUGGUAACCACAGAGAAGAUCUAUAAUGAGAGAGCUAUCAGUGAAAGGAUGGGUGUGGAGCUAAAUGACUACCCGGGAUCAGGCGCCAACAACCGCCACACCCCGAAACCGUAGUUUGGAAGAUGCACUGGUUGCUAGGAUUCUGUUGGAACUAUUGGUUUUAAGGCUUACAAUGUACUGUAUCGAACUAUUGGAAAAGAGAUUUUUGUUUCUAUAUCAGUCAUUUAAGUUUAUUAAUAUUAGGGUUUAGACGGAGUAGGAAUGUAGGAACUAGAUGCAUUAGGUGAAAUGAAAUCAUGGAUUAAUGCAAAUAUAUAUGUACAAUGAUUAUGAAGAGUAUUAACUUGAUCAAGCAGAAUGAAUGUAUGAGCUUUUGAUGCUGUUGAUAAUCUCA